GGAGCCUCGACCCGUAGGCCUUGGCUGGUUAGUGGAGGCUGAGCGACAUCGGAUUUGACUUUCCCGGGUGCCCCGCGCCUCCUGGGCUGAAGACACGCGGCUGCCCCGGCCUCGAGGAGCCAUGGAGCCUGGGAAGAGAAGAACCAAAGAUGACACUUGGAAAGCAGAUGACCUUAGAAGACACCUUAAGGCUGUACAAUCAGGUAGUCCCAAGGAAGAGAAGAAACUCAGAGAAAAGAAGACGCACAAGGAGUCAGAACUGGGUCUUCUUGAUUACAGAGAACACAAGAGCAGGGACCCAGACUGGGAGGCCCGCCACAAGGAGAAGACUGCUGAGAGAGACCUUCACCCCUCCACAGAACAUCCUCGUGGGGAGAGAGACCGGGAGAAGCACAAGGAAAGGAGGAAAGAGGUGAAAGACCGUGAGAAAGACAGGCCGAAAGAAAGACAUCGAGAGCAAGAUUCAGAGAAGGUUCAUAGUCGAGGCAAAGACAGAGAGAGAGAGAAAGACAGAAGGGCCAGAAAAGAAGAGCUCAGGCAGACUGCUGCCUACCAUGACCUCCUGGUUAGAGAGGUGCGCGGCCGGCAGAUGCUGGAGAGAGUGGAAAAGAAGGUCCGCGCAGCAAGUAAAGUACGAGCUGAGGAGAAAGACAGGAGAGAUGAAGAUUCUGAGAGAGGAGAUGACGAUAGAGAAAGAAGAUACCGAGAAAGAAAGAUUUCCCUGUUGGUUUCAAAGCUGCAGUACGGAGACAGUAAAGAGAAUCCUCUCAACUACUGGCUGUAUAAAGAGGAAGGUGAAAAGAAGCACAGGAAGAUGAGAGAUACAGAUCGGGACAAGAGACACCGAGACAGAAGCAGCACGAGGGAGAAAAGAGAGAAACAUUCAAAAGAAAAGGGGAACUCGCUCUCUGACAGGGAAGUGGAAGAGAGACACCGAGAGAAGCGGCACAAGGAAGGACUCCAUCAUGAUGAGGAGAGGCGCCGCAGUCACACAGAUAAAAGAGAGAGAUCUGGGAGAGAAGAGCACAAGAGGAGGGAAGCGAAGGAACCUGAAAAGGAAGACAUUGAUUUAGAGGCUACUGCGGCUGAUGAAUAUUUUGAAGAUGAUUUUGAAGAUUAUGAAGAUGACUUUGAGGUUUGUGAUGGAGAGGAUGACAGCAAUAAUGAGCAUGACUCUAAAGAAAAGGCUGAAGAACUUCCUCUAGCCCAGAAAAGGGAGAUACAAGAAAUUCAAAAGGCAAUCAGUGCGGAGAAUGAAAGGGUUGGAGAGUUAUCUUUGAAACUGUCUCAGAAGCAAGGUCGAAUGGAGUAUGAGAAGGAGCCCUGGGAAGAUGGAAAUGAUUCCAUUUCCAGAGCCCCUGUUUGUGGAAUUUUUGUGGAUUUUGUAACAGCCUCACAUCGCCAGAAGAGCCGGAGUCAGGCCCUCAAACAAAAGACAAGAAGCACAAAACUGCUCCGGCUUAUUGAUUUAGAUUUUUCAUUCACCUUUUCUCUCUUGGACCUACCACCAGUAAAUGAAUAUGACAUGUAUAUUAGGAACUUCGGAAAAAAGAAUACCAAACAGGCAUAUGUUCAGUACAAUGAAGAUAAUGUUGAGAGAGACGUCCAGACUGAAGAUAUAGAAACCAGGGAAGUGUGGACUCAGCACCCAGGAGAAGGCUCUGUUGUAUCUGGAGGUAGUGAAGAAAAAAACUUCUCUGAUGUCACAGUUGUACCAAAGAUUGACACUCCACGGUUGUCUAGUUUUCUCCGGGCAGCAUGCCAGGUGGUUGCUGUUUUGCUUGAAGAGGACCGUUUGGCUGCUGGGCCCAGCCAGAAUCCCCGGGCUCAAGACAAAGCUCUGAACAUCAGUGAGAGUUCCUCCCAGCUGAACACGAACCUGCCGUUCCUUCAGGGGCGGAAAGUAUCCUGUUUGCAUGCCUCUCGAGUUCAGAGGCAGACUGUGGUUUCUGUUCAUGACUUACCUGAAAAGGCAUUUGCCCCAUCUCUGGAUAGCCGGCACCUCCUCUGUGUGUGGGAUAUUUGGCAGCCUUCAGGGCCCCAGAAGGUUCUGAUAUGUGAAUCAAAGGUCACAUGUUGCUGCUUCAGCCCCUUAAAAGCAUUUUUGCUGUUUGCCGGAACAGUCCACGGCUCUGUGGUCCUUUGGGACUUAAGAGAAGACUCCAGGAUACACCAUUAUGUGAGACUGAGCAAUUGUCUCUGGGCCUUCCGGACCCCAACAUUUUCCACUGAUGGAGUCCUCACAUCAGUGAACCACCAAAGUCCUCUUCAAGCCAUAGAGCCGGUUGUUACAUCUGCUUACAAGAAACAGAGCUUGGUGCUUUCACCCUUUUCUACUCAAGAAGAAAUGGCAGGCUUGUCAUUUCACAUCGCUUCCCUGGACGAGAGUGGUAUUCUCAAUGUGUGGGUGGUUGUUGAAUUACCAAAGGCAGAUAUCUCUGGUUCAAUGAGUGAUUUAGGUUUGAUACCUGGAGGGAGGGUCAAAUUGGUGCACAGUACUGCGAUCCAUUUGGGCAACAGUCUUUCCCAUAAAGAUAGUGAAUUCUGGGGGUCCACACAAACACUAAGUGUCAAAUUUCUGCCUUCGGAUCCUAAUCACUUUGUUGUCGGCACCGACAUGGGACUUAUAAGCCACAGUACCAGACAAGAUUGGAGAGUGUCUCCCAAGGUGUUCAGACCUCAGCAACAUGGUAUCAGACCAAUAAAAGUUAAUGUGAUCGAUUUUUCACCAUUUGAAGAAACCGUAUUCUUGGCUGGCUGCUCAGAUGGAAGCAUCAGAUUGCACCAGCUGACGUCCGAGAGGCCUUUCAUGCAGUGGGACAGCAGCACCAGUGGCCGCUCUGUCACUAGCCUGCAGUGGUCCCCGACCAGGCCUGCUGUGUUCCUGGUCCAGGAUGAUGCAUCCAGGAUCUAUAUCUGGGACCUUCUUGAGAAUGACUUGGGUCCUGUGGCUCAACAGUCCAUCUCUCCAGACAGGCUUGUGGCCAUGACCAUCAUGGGGGAUCCCGAGAAGGUCAGUGGUAGCUUUAUGGCCCUGGUGUUGGCCAGGGCCUCUGGCACAGUCGACAUCCAGUACCUGAAGAGGCGGUGGACCACCCCAGCGGCGGAUGAGCACAGCCAGCUGCACGUGCUUCUUCACAAGUGAAAACUUAGUGUCAGGAGGAUGACGAGUACCUAAGACUUGAUUACAAGAUGGAUCCCUUGACUCUGUGUUGAUGUGAUUUGUGUACAUAGGAUAUGUAUAUUCUGUACAUAAUUUGUUUUAGAAGAACGGUACUUUGGUAUUCCCAGAAAUA